UUUCUUUACUUACCACUCGGCCGGCAGCCCGCCUGAGGGCUCCGACUCUACUCCCGAAGGCUCACCGUUCGCCCGCCAAGAGGACAGGUCAAGCCUCCAAGAAGUGUCCAGCUCCUCAGAGGGAAGCAUCGCAACCAGGCGCGCCGCGACUUUCUCGACCUGCCGACUACUACCGGACUACUCCCCGACGGCUGCCUCAUUCCUCCUUCACUUUCUCUGCGCCCGAAGGAGAAGGGCGCGUCUGUUCAGGGGCGCUCAUCGACUGGAACCGUUCCUGCCUAAGGGAGACGCGGGCGCUGGGUUUUCUUAGCCAACCCUUCCGACACGAGGGCGGAACCUGCUCGUGUGAGGAGUCCGGAGCGUGGAAACGCUCUCGGAAGCGCCGCGCAGAACCCGAGCCUGAAGCCGAGACCCGACGCCAGUCCCGACUCGGCGGGGCCGUUUGGGAUUUGACAUCUCGUUUAGCCAAUAGGAUCUGUUGGCUAUGAGUCCAGAGCCUAACAAAGCAUUCUAAGGGAUCCGCGAUCUUCUGACGGGGACCCGCUUUCCGUUUUCUCCCUCUGUUUCAGCUUCAGCUCAACUGAUCAUCCUCGCUCCCGCGUGGGAAGAAAAAAGGCGAUCCUGUCAAACGUGGCUGUCUAGGAAGAGGGAGGCGAGAGGCCAGCUCUCCGGAGAAGUGCGGGCAGCCGGCCUCGGCUGAAAGCAGACUUUCCUUUUGCUGGGAAAAAGCAGUCAGCGGGUCGGAGGGAGAGGAGCCUACACAGUCUUCUCUGUGUUGAAAAUUCGGCCGAGAUGAAAUAACGGAACGCGGGGAUGCCUCUGUGCGCGCUUGGACCCACGCGCACCCACUGCUGCGGAGUUUCUCGCCUUCCCGCGGAGGAUCGGAGCGUCGCCGCUCUGUGAGAGGGCGGGAAGCAGCCCAGGCUGCGGUUCUAACUUGUCUUUUCCUCUCCUGCCUGCUCUUUUCUGAAUUUUGUAUGGUUGCGGUUGGGAAAUUGGGUGAGCACAUCGGUUCCUGCUCCCGAACUACCUUCUCCACUUUGCCUCCUGAUUUAUUUCCGAGUAAUAGAAGUCUGCUCGCCUCAGAAGACUGAGAAACAACGGCUGCAGUACUUUAAUAAUCAUUUAAUAACAAGUAACCCUCCUGCCAUCUGAAGAAACCAUCCUCCUCCUCCUCCUCCUCCAACUAUCUUUCACCCUUGACACCCCCCUCGCCCCUCCUCCCCCCAUGCCACUGGAUGCUGAAGACAGAUUGGGAAUUUGUAAGCGAUGCAAGUCCGAUAAAGCUGGAGUCUGCAGCCGGGACACGGAGAAGGUUCGCUAGGUAGUUCCUUAAAGAAGCGGGUCUGCAGGAUGAAUAAAAGAUACUUGCAGAAAGCAACAAAAGGAAAACUGCUAAUAAUAAUAUUUAUUGUAACACUGUGGGGGAAAAUAGCAUCUGGGGCAAAUCACAACAAAGCUCAUCAUGUUAAAACUGGAACUUGUGAAGUGGUGGCUCUCCACCGAUGUUGUAAUAAGAACAAAAUAGAAGAAAGAUCACAGACAGUCAAGUGCUCCUGCUUUCCUGGGCAGGUAGCAGGUACCACUCGAGCAGCUCCUUCUUGUGUUGAUGCCUCAAUUGUAGAACAAAAAUGGUGGUGCCAUAUGCAACCAUGUCUUGAAGGGGAGGAAUGCAAAGUUCUCCCAGAUCGAAAAGGAUGGAGCUGUUCAUCUGGGAAUAAAGUGAAAACAACAAGGGCCAACGUGUAAAACCAUUCAAGAACAAGAAGAUUUCUGCAGUGCCUGAUGACAAUUUUUGAUAUUCCACACACACAAAAUGUUCUGUCUCCACGUUUGGAGCAAUAGUUGUGAUGAAUCCUAGUCUUGGUCGGAUUCUCAGGAAGGGUCAGAAGGUGCGUUGAUGAGGAGAGAGUCAAAACUACUGAAAGAUGCUCCAGCCUUGGUUUGUUAUCAAAGAACAGCAGGUAACUUGAUAGCAGAAAAUAAACCAUUUCAAACUCAAGACUGAUAACAUUCAUUACAAAGAAGCUGGAAGUUUUCGUAGUUAAAGAUGAUCUUUGAGGUUUAGGUUAAAAUUGCUGGUACAAACUGGUUCAGUGAGGAUGUAUGCUUUAAUCAACAGCUACUGGAGAUCAAUAGUGCAAGAAAGUCAGACAUACAAACUCUCUAAAAUAAAGAUUUCAAUGGAAAGAACUGUGUAUUUGUAAACACAAGAAGAAAGUACAUGCACUUUUUGGCAAAAAAAAAGUGAAAAGUAUGGUAAAAGGAUGCUGAAACAGUAGUAGUCUUUUUGAUCCUGGGCUUGGACUCAAAAUAUUUAACCUCUACAAACUAACUCUUUGAAAUGUACUGACAUAGCUUAUUUGAAAUAUUUCCAGUCCUCUGUUCAAAUACUGGUGGAACUGUGCAUUGGUUUAAUCAAAUUACUAUUCCAGAAAUUAACUUUGGAUACAGCACCGCCUUAGACACUUUAAUUUGAAUUCUAAUCUUGAAAUUCCAAGGCUAUAUAUUUCAACACACUGAAGUUGCUUUUCUUAUAGGAAUGUAAAUGUAAUAUCAUUGUUAAUCAUUAUUGUUGACAGAUAGUACUUAUCUGGACACAACAUUCUUAUACUAACAAAACAUUAGUCAGAUGUCAUUUCCUACUCAGCUACUGCAGUUCCUUACAACUGAAUAAAAGAUUGGUCAAAAAUGAAAAUUUUCUUCCGCACCCUUCCCAAUAUUUUAUUGUUAAAAUAUCUGUUUUGUAUAAUUUUAAAGAAAACAAUGUUCCUUGUAUGAACUUUAAUUUAUGGAUUUAUAAACAUUACGUCCUUAAGAAAUGGUGGUAAAUAAUAAUUAACAAUAAUUAAUUAGCUAGUCAUUUUAUGAAGGAAGACAGGGAUGCAUGUUAAAUUUUGUUCUGAAAUUUGAUGCUAUUCAUUCGAUUUUAAGAUUUCUUUUUUUUACAAAAAUAGAUGUCUUUUGUUUGGAUGCCGCCUGGAUGCAUAGUAGAUGCUUAGA